CGUAACACUUGCUAGCAGUUGCCUUCUUUGUCUAGAUCUCCUUUAAACUUACAGCUUUCCCACACGCGCAACGCCUGUUGUGCUUGUCUACACGAUGGCCUCCUAUCUAUCGAUUUACAACGACACCAACGAUACAUGGUAUAUCAAGCUGUCACAUGAUGAUAAGGCCCUGAAGGGCGCCGGGAUCCUCCUGACCGCGCUGGGCACGGUGUCAUCGCUGGGCGCACUGGCCGGGGAGUGUACCGCCAGCGGCAAGAAACUGGGCAUCAACAAGACCGCCACCGCGGCGGCGGUAGUGGCCGGCUCGUCGGCCGUGGUGGCCGGAAGUGCGGCGUUGGUGUCCAGCGGGAAAUCCAUGGAGUGGACGCGGUUGGCGGUGGAGGAUCUGGAUAAGGAGGGGGCCGAACGCGAAGUCUUUCGCCUAGCACCAGGCGAUACGAAACAAUUCGGCAAGUUUUCCCUCUCCCUAUGGAAGCAGUGCGUGGCCAUCCGGCACCGGAUCAAUCCGGAAGACAGCGACGAAGUGUUAGUGGAGUCGGUAAUGAUGCGCCCCAUCUUCAGUGGCGCCACCAACGGCUCCGAUAAGAUGUACAACAUCAAGCAGUGGCUGGAUAAGGAAGGCGUCACCGUGCUGCACCGUAUACGCCGACCGGAAUCGUGGAAAUAAGGCCGCUUUCAUUCCACUGGACAUUCCCAUUACCGUGUAUUAAGGACUCGGCUACCGUUUUUAUCCAACAAAAAAAAUGCUUUCAGUAUUGUUAUUUCGCAGCAAAUAGAGCAGAUAAUUACACAAUUUUUCCUUUUAAAAUGUUCCUUUAUUUUUGAGUCACACAUGCAGCAUGUAUGUAUAUACGUAUGUAUAUAUGCAGCCUGUAUGUUGUUUUCAUUUACACUUCCGGUUGUCAAUUUCUCUUCCAGUUUCUUCUCAAUCGAAAGGUGUAUUUUUAAAAUAAAUUAAAAAACGGUGCAA